GAAGAAGGUAUCCGCGGUAACGGUGCCGGAAGUGACGCGCUACUGGUAAAAACUCGACUGUAGAGUUUAUAGCAGCGUUAGCUUGAUGUAACACAUGUAAACCGUGUAAAAACGCCACUUUCUGUGUUUAUUUUCUGCUCUCCGUAGCUUCUUAUUCAACAAGAAGCUAUAAUAACAUUAAGUUAUUGUCAAGCGUAAGUGUUGGGUUCCGCUCAAAGGUCCGUCCUAAAUGCGGGAAAUUUAAACGAAAGGAGCUCUUGCCAGUUAGCCGUUCAGUGUUUAUAAAGCAGUGGUUUUUUUUAAACACUUUUUAAGCAGAUGUCGUUUGCGAGAGUGGGACAUUCACAACAACAAACCAAAGGAAAGAGGCCUCUUCGUCCCAARAAGGCUACAGCUCCCAGACAAGACUGGGUGAGCACCGUCAAUGAUCUGUCUGUGCAUAAGCUGACAUCUGCUGAGCUGAGCCAUCGACAUGAGAUUCACAAGUCUCACAACAAAGCUGCAGCUCAGUGGGAGCUGAAGGAGCGAUCCCUGAAACGCCGUCUCAGACACGCUGGGAGUCCUGCGCCUCUGGACCGGGUCAGCCUGAGCAUCAUCAGGGAGGU